AUGGAAGAUACUAGAUUGCGCACACAACAGGGAAUUGGUAUCGAGGGAACAGACGACUGGGAGCUUCCUACAGCCGAGUCAUGCGGUGUAUCGCAACAGCUGCUAGACUCUAUCUUACGUCCCAUCACAUCGUUGCGCCUGAGUAACAAUUUCUUUCCUUGGUCCAGUCCAGCCUACCAUGGCCUUGUCAAACUCCACCUUUUGUUCACUCGAUCAAAGCGCGGUCGUAAGCCCCACAUUCAUGUCGACAAACUUAGGGACAUGCUUCUAGCUUCUCCUGCGCUUCGCGUACUGCACAUUAACAUUAUCGUGAUUGGCAAAGACGAAAUCAACGGAUUAGCACCUGUUCCUCUCAACGAGCUGGAAGAACUGAGCUUAGACGAAAUGUCACGCGAUGUAUACGACGUAGUUCUUCCGUUACUCGCGCCCGGAACAAAGCCACUACAGUUCACGUUCCAGAUGCAGCAAGAGUUCAAUGCGCCGCUGUACUGUACAACGGUUGCGGCAUUUCUGGAGCGGACGAAUGUAACCAGUUUGUAUAUCCUUGGUCGAUCGUUAUUCGACCAGCGUCUUUCAGUUGAUGAGUUGAUGACCAAGUCGCCCGGGAACAUACGUACGCUUGGGUUGGAAUAUCUGCAGAUACUAGAGGCUCCAAUCUCUGAAGUCGAAAACUAUGAGGGGCUAGGACAGCUGAGUCGGCUAUAUAUGAGAAAAUGUGUGAUAGACGUAGACGAGUUCAAGAAGUUGGCUGGGCUGUUCCGACUACAAAUGCUUAAAUUGCACAAGCCCGAGUUCCGAGGGAGACUGAAGGGAAAUGAUGCAGAGGCACGGCAGGAAAUAAUGUCGAUAGCGCCAACUGUGAGGUGGGUGCGUUCGACGAGGGGAAUGGAUCGAUGGGAUGGGUGA